AUGAAAAUACAAAAGUAUGUAUACUUGGAGUUUUUAAGGGAUGUGGUUCCUUAUCUUAAGCUAUCGUUCUCAGAUUCUAGCUUCAACCAUGACCACCCAACAAGGUCACACCGUUCAUACCCGCUAGCCACAUCUGAAUCUCAACUUCAUCCGCCAAUGGAUGCUCUCUGCAGCAACCCUUCUCUCUCCCGCAUCAAAUUCACCUCCAAACUCCGCCUCCCCGCAGCCCCACCACUAUCUAUCUCCUCGCUCCAUCUCCGCCCCCAUCGCCAUCACCCCCACCAUUUGAGACUCCGUACCUCCACCGUCGACAACCAUCAGCAACCACAAGUUCAGGAGCCGGAACUCACGUACGAAGACUACAAUGAAGACGAAUCGUACGGCGAAGUCGACAAAAUCAUCGGCAGCAGAGCUCUGGAAGGCGGCAAGGGCAUGGAGUACCUGAUCCAGUGGAAGGACGACCACGCCCCUACGUGGGUCCCCUCCAACUACAUCGCCGCCGACGUGGUGGCCGAGGACGUCGAUGCCGUCGACGCCGACGGCCGUACCGCCCUCCUCUUCGUCGCCGGCCUCGGCUCCGAGCCCUGCGUCCGCCUUCUCGCCGAGGCGGGAGCAGACCUCAACCACCGCGACAACGCCGGCGGUCUGACGGCGCUCCACAUGGCCGCCGGCUAUGUCAAGCCUGGCGUCGCGAAGGUUCUAAUCGAGCUCGGAGCCGACCGGAGGUUGAGGACGAACGGGGAAAACGCCAAUGGAUAUCGCCGUAGAAAUUCUCCGGGCAACGCCGAAGGGGAAUCCGAUGCAGUUCGGGAGAAGGUUGGGGCUGGAGAGCGUAAUCAGGGUUUUGGAGGAGGCGAUUUACGAGUUUGCGGAGGUGCAGGAAGUGAUAGAGAAGAGAGGGAAAGGGAUAAGGUGGAGUAUUUGGUAAGGUGGAAGGACGGCGGCGAGAACGAGUGGGUGAGGGCGGCGCUGGUGGCGGAGGACGUCGUGGCGGACUUCGAGGCGGGGGUGGAGUACGCGGUGGCGGAGGCAGUGGUUAAUCGGAGGGACGAGGGAGGGCGGAGGGAGUAUCUGGUGAAAUGGACGGACAUGGAGGAGGCCACGUGGGAGCCAGAGGGGAACGUUGAUCCCGAAUUGAUCAAGGAGUUUGAGGCGGCCCAGAAUGGGGUGCCAGUGGGCCUGGAGGUGUGGGAGAGGCGGCCCAGUUGA